AUGUGCACGAUUGUGCGCCCAUAUACGGUGACUGAUAAGAUAAGACGUAAGUUCUACGAGACGAUAUCAGCGCGCGCACCACUCGCCGCAACCUACAAUGUAACGGAUCUGGAAGAGUGGCGGCCGAAGUGUUGCAGCAGCUACAGCCGAAAGCUGAAGCGUAAAAACAACACAACAAAAACUAAGAAGACGGACAAACGGACGGACACAAACCCAAAACGAACGGAUAUACGGACACAACAGAUAGACAAAUGGACAACACGGACCGACACUAACGAACUGGGGAAGUUGGGAACUUCCUCAGAGGACGAACUCUUGGCCUCCAGCCAAGAGACGGUUGAUGGUAAAGCUGUGGGCCACAGCACGCCAUCAACCCUAAAUCAACCAUCCACAUCCGCUGAUGCCAAGGGGCAAAAGCGCCAAAACGCUAAAAAAGGCCCGUCCAGGUAUAAGCUUUACCAGAGGUCUCUGACUAUUCUCGGAAGAAUAAGAAAAAAUGAGGCCGAAGGGAAAACUCAUCCAAAGGACGCGGCCGAUAAGGCAAGGUGCCAAAAGGUGGUCGAUGAGUACCUGGCGUUCCAGGCCACCCAGAAGGCAGAAGCCGUGAAACGCAAUCGUUCGCCGGACGAAAGCGACAAACCAACGAAGAAGCACAAAGUGUCGGUUCACACAGCUUCAAUACCAAAACCAACCAAACGCUCAUUUAAUGAGGUGGCACGGGAUCACCUGCAAAUAGCGCUGGUUGACGAAAUAACUAACCGCGGUAAACCUGCAUCGGAUAAGUGGUCCGAAAUCGAGGCACGGCUGUCCCGCAUUGUCGUCGAUCACGUCAUGGCAAACCCGGAGGGUCAUGUGCCAGGAUUUGAUUCAAUGGAGGUGGUCCGCGGAUACAGGGUGAUCAAGUGCGAUGAUCAACUCUCCCUUAACUUCCUGCAAACAGUUGUGGGCAAAAUCCAGAGCGACUGGGAAGGUUUGAGGCUCAAACUAAUCCCGGCCAGCGAAAUCCCUCGACGGCCGAGGGCUCGCAUCUGGAUUCCGAACAUGGAAUUCGAAGCUAAGCAACUUAUUCCAUACCUGCAGGCACACAACCGCACUGUUCCGAUGGAUGACUGGAGCAUUAUCAAAGCGGAGGCUCCGCAAAAGAACAGUGUGUCCUUCCUUCUCCAAAUAUCGGAGGAGAGCAUCGAGCCACUGGGAAAAGUGGACAAUAAACUUCGGUUCGGCGUCAGGAAAACGCAACUGAAGAUAUUCCGAUCUGCAAAUCCGGAGGAUGAACAGGACGAGGUGGACGGCGCCAACGAGUUGCUCACAGGCAUGCAACUUGACGACGCCGCAUCUACCAAAAACGAUGGCGCUAAUGAGCAGCACCCGGGAGUGCAGCUUGGCGACGCCGUCAAAUUGUAAAGCGACCAGCAGCAUGGGUCUCAAGGUUGUCCAAAUAAACCUGCAGCACUCGCGGACUGCAACGGACAACCUAACCGUUCUCCUGGCGGAGGAGGACGUCGACAUCGCUUUAAUCCAGGAGCCCUGGGUGCGGAGCACCGAGGUGAAGGGGUUUACUGGGAACAACCACAACCUUUUCUACAAACGGACUGAAGGAUGUGACGGCUGUGGAGGUAGAAGCCGCUGACGGUGUCGGCAUCAUAUUGGCUUCCAUCUACAUGGCACAUGAUCGGCCAGCAC